AUGAAAGACCUAGAAACCAAAAUAGUCGAAUUACUGAAAGAGACUCCUGAGAUAUCUAGUGCUGAUUUAGGUGCAUCCAAUACUGAAAUACACGCAGCACUGCUCUCAUUAGCCAGCAAGGAGACCGUAGAGUAUUCCAUCACAACCAGUAAUAGAAUAGCACUGACUGAGGCAGGAAAUGAGGUGGUAAGAAAUGGAUCACCAGAAUACCUGUUGAUGAUGAAGUUGAGGAAGAAUGGAGUAAUCAAUGACCAGGAUAAGACAGGAAUGAAGUACGCAUUCAAGAACAAGUGGAUUAGACAGGAAAGUGGUGGAAUUCAACCAAUCUGUGAUGGGGUGGAAGACAGAACCAGAAAGAGCCUACUGGAUCCAAAGACCCUAACUACCGAAGAAGAUAGAGAAAUGAAGAAACGUGGACUCAUUGAAUCCGUCAAACAGAACCAGUACAAAAUAAGAAGAGGAAGAAUGUACGGAAUAGAGAGAGCGAGCCAGCAGGUGGAGCUCACCACAGAGAACCUGAACACGGAUGUCUCCCUGUUCAAGCCGUACAACUUUGAGACAGUUGGUCUCCUACCGAUUCCAGGCUCAUUGCACCCGUUGACCAAAAUCAGAAAAGAAAUCAAAGGAAUCUUCCUCGAAAUGGGAUUCAGUGAAAUGAACACGGCUCGAUACGUCGAAAGCAGCUUCUGGAACUUCGACGCGCUCUUCCAGCCACAGGACCACCCAAGCAGAGAGUGUCACGACACCUUCUUCAUCGAGGAGCCCGCCUACGACGACCUGGUGGACGUGGAUUCGAAUCACCUGAAACUGGUCAUUUCAGAACAUUCUGGUGAAGAAGCAGUCAGCGAAAAUGGGGAAAUCAGGGACCCAAAGUCACUGGGCCACAGAAGCAGCUUCGAUGUGAGCGAGGCCAAGAAGAACAUCCUUAGAACGCACACCACCGCAAUAUCAACCAGAAUGCUCUACGAACUGUCCAGGACGUACCAGAAAGACAGGCCAUUCAAUGCCAAGCUCUUUUCAAUCGACAAAGUGUUCAGGAAUGAGACUGUUGAUGCAACUCAUUUGGCUGAAUUCCACCAGGUUGAGGGGGUUGUAGCAGGGAGGAAUCAAGGACUACGCGAGUUGAUUCACGUUCUGGAGACGUUCUUCAGGAAGCUGGGAAUGGAGCGAAUCAAGUUCAAGCCGGCAUUCAACCCGUACACGGAGCCAUCGAUGGAGGUGUUCGGGUACCACGACGGCCUUGGGAAGUGGAUCGAGGUUGGAAACAGCGGAAUAUUCCGCCCAGAAAUGUUGAGGCCAAUGGGAUUCGAUGAUGACGUCACUGUGAUAGCCUGGGGGCUCAGCCUCGAGAGGCCAUCGAUGAUCAAAUAUCGAUUGGACAACAUCAGGGAGCUGCUUGGCCACAAGGUGGACGUGAACUUCAUCAGGGAGUCACCUGUGAUAUUCAUGGACAAAUAG